GGGCAGAGGGAACUGGCGCCGGGAGAUUCGAGCCUCGACCCGCGGUUCUGACCGCUGUAACACAUCAGUGUGAACCGAAACCGACCCGCACACCCACCGCAUGUAGAGGCUGCUUAAUGUUCAUGUAUGUAGCAAUGUUGUCACCGUGUUUUACCUCUCCGAGCGGGAACCUCAGCUGCUGAACCUCCACGUCCGUACAGGUAGGAUCAUCCCACCGCGAUGAUGCUAACGCUGCUACCCGGGCAGCGGCGAGACAUGUCGGUUACCUAACUGAGCUAGCUGUGCUAACCAGCGGAGCAAACAGAACCAUUCACUGAGUAUUUUUUAAUAACAACAACAAAACGUUUUCUUCUUUUGUCAUAACUGUAAAGUAUUCUGACUUUGAUGAAAACUUGAUUUUUACCGUUAAACGCUUUUGUCACCUACAUCACCUCACCGAUGUGAGCUAGCUUUUAGCUCAACUGUCAGUGGUUAUCGGGGGUCAGAGGAGACAUUUGUAGCUCAGUUUAUUUUAUUUUUAAUAUGAGGCUCCAGUCCGUUUUUAUGUAUGUAUAACGAGUUUUUAGUUCCGAUGAUAUUCCGAGCAGUAAGGCUACAACAGCUGCAGUUUAGCACCGAGGCCUCGGUUCCCUCCUCGGUGUCGAUUUGGGGGUGAAGUCGAAGAACGUAGCACCCAUUCCGGGGGAUAAGUAACGGGUGAUUUAAACAAUCCCAGUUGACAAACGAACAAAAGACACAGGUUAUUUUUCUGCUAGGCUUUUAUUUAUUGAUGUAACAGGGGUAGCAAGAAAAAAACUAGACAGUGAAAGAAUAAAAAUAAGUUUUUAUGUAACCUUUGGUAACCAGGCUGAAAAAAGCUCCACAUGGUUUUUCAUAAAACAUCACGGACAAAAAUUAGUAAAAUGGCAUAAACAUGAGAAAAAUAACAUACAUUUUUAUAAGGUAAAAUCUGCAUUGAAUUGUAAUUUAUUGAAACUACUUUAUUCUUCUCUUAUUUUUGCUCUGGUGUCAGAGUUUAGGGACGUACAUAUUUCACAAGGAUAAGACCACUGAUUAUGUUACAAAACAAGGCAGUAAGAAUGAUUCAUAAUGUAGGAUACAGAGAACAUACUAACAGAUUGUUUAUUAAAUCAGGAAUACUGAAAUUCAAAGACUUAAAGCAAAAAAUAGAAUAUUUGCAGAAAGUAAACAACAGCUGUUUGAUAUCAGAUCAGAUGAUGGAGAACCAAAGAGGACAUUUCAUAUUAAACAUCCGUUUGAAGCAGAUGUGUAUCUCUGUAGUGAGAGUUAAACUAUGAAACUGUCCAAGUAAUGAAUUAAAGACCUGUACAAAUGUGUAACAAGCCAAGAAAAGGUUAAAGGAAAAUGCAAUUAGAAAUUAUGAUAAAAGUGACCGAUGAUUGUUGUAGAAAAGUCAGCCUGAAAUGCUGUCUUUUAUUUAUAUUUAGUAUUAUGCUUGUUUCAUUUACUUUAUGGUACGACUACAUUAUAGCUCAGUGACCGAUAAGUCCAUUUGAAACUCUGUUCUGUUUGUUUUGUUUUGUGAAUGUUGCUCAGUGAUCGAUUAUUAUAACAAUUAGACAUUGAGUGAAGGGUUAGGUAAUAUACAAUGUUUCUUCUCCCUGCUCCUGUCCAACCAACGGAUAAGAAAUGUUGCGAUGUGACAUGAUAUUGUCAAAUUGAGAAAUUGCCUUGGCUGGAAUAAAUAAAGAAAGCAAGAAAGAAAAAAGUAUCCCAAGUCCCUUCAGGCUAAGUUUGUAACUAUUGGCAGAAAUAAAAAGAUUCAAGAUUCAAGCUUUUUAUUGUCAGUUUCUGCCAUAUGUGAGGACAUCCACGGGAAUAAAGAAGAUAGUAGUAGUAAUAAUAAUAAUAACUGUAUUUGUAGAGCACUUUUAAAAACAGACGUUUAUAAAGUGCUUUGACAAACAGUCAAAAAAGCACAUGGAAAUAAAGACAAAUAAAAACAGAAAUCUCAGAUAAAACAGAAUCAAAGGUCAUUUUCAUUUGUCAUAAGGAACCCAGACAAUAUAAGAACCAUGCAACAUAAAAUGAGAGCAUGAGGACCAAAAUAAAAACAUAAAAUAGUCAAGAAAAAAGUGGAAAACAGGAUAGUAAAAAUAAAAGACAAUAUCAGCAAUGAUAAUAAAAUAAAAACAGGUAAUACUGCUAAUAAUAGUAAUGAUAAAAUAGAGCAACAGAAAUGAGGGAGAGAUAAAACAAUAAAAGGCCUAAAAGGUUAAAGAAGAAAAGAGUACAAGUUUAACAAAAGCUAAAAAGACAGUAAAACUGAUAUAAGAUAAAAGAGAUAAAAGAUGUUUCUCGGUGCAAAAAAACAGAGAAUGAUAAAAUAAUAAUAAAAAGCAUUUCCCGCUAAUGUUGAGGAGGAGGACACAACGUUCACGUCAAUGAUUCAGUUUUCUCAGCUGACAAGGAGAGAGGUCUGACUUGGUGAAAAAAACAAUUAUGAGUUUAGUUUGAUUUAACUGUGAUUGUAAAUUAAUGGGCGUCUUACUGCUCUCAUCAGUGUUUCCCGGUGUUUUUAAAGCAUCCUCUACCUGCAGUGACUCCUCUCUGACUCCUCUCCUCCAGGUGAACGCUUAAAAAACUGUCACUGACGAGAGAGGUGGGAGUUCAAACCAUCAGGGCUGAAAUCAGUGUGAAUAAAGACCGGUCAUUUCUCUGUGUCUGCUUCAACAGCGCAGUAGAGCAGUAAUAACCGCUCUGUAGAAACAACAGUGAGGCUCACUGCUGUGUCGUGGUUUGUGUCUUGAUCAGAUGAGACCCAAAAAACUGUGCCGACCCUUACACUCAUCUCCUCUGCUCCUGCACAGAUGGAGGCCAUGGAGGUGGACUCCCCUGUGGAGCCACAGGGUGGAGGCAGCGGGCAGCCCGUUGUUGCUGCACAUGGGGACGUGGGCGCGCCCGCCAUCAUCCUAGAUUCUGGCAGCAGCACGGAGGUGGAUGAGGAUGAGGAUGAUGACAGUGACAGACAGACGGCAGCCGCCCCGCCCCGUCUCAUCUCCACCUGGGCGUUCAGUCAGAGGGCAGUGGGCGGAGCUGCAGCCUCACCUUCAGCAGCUCAGGGGGCGCCCAUACGGAGGAGAGUCAGGUACACACAAGAGCGACAAAACAAAGUUGAAGACAUAAGAGGAAGUGUUUUUUUUAUUUUAACCCUUUAUGUGCUUCUUUAGACAAGGCCUUAGGGUUCACUACCCCAGCCAGACCGCAGCGCCCUCUAGAGGCUUUCCAGACUUCCUGCUCCGGGCGCCGGCUGCCAGUGUGGCUGAACCGGAGUCUGGCAGCACCACCGAGGUCAGUGAGUCUGAUGAAGAAGAGGAGGCAGAGGGGGGUGAAGCAGGAGUGUCUGCUGCUGUGGAGCCCGUCAACCCUGUGCAGCCUGUUAGCCCUCGCCCCAGUGCCUCCAUCCAACACACGCGACCACAGGAAGCUGCUCCAACCAGUGAGUCUGAGGACAGGCCUGACAUUUUACUCCAAAAUCACCACUAAUUUAUGAGCUGUUGAAGUCAGAGUGAAAACCCCGUAGUUUCCGAUGUUUAGACGGUCUCUUUUGUUUUCUGAGGGUUCAGUUUGAUUCAGUUUCUCCGUCUUUUCAGGCUCCAGUCCGGCUGCAGACGCUGAGAGGACAGACGCUCCAAAUCAGAACGUCCAGGUACCAGUCAGACUCUCCCUCAUCAAAUAUCCUCCUCGCUCUUCAAAGAUAUCUAACUUUGAAAACAUCAGAAAGUAGUAGAACACAGAUACAGGAGAGGUAGUGAUUUAAAUCUGGUCUUUAAAAUGUUUCCAUGUUUGAAAUUCUCUCCUCGUGUUCUCAUCCAGCCCGCCCCGGCAGCCUCAGCGCCUGCACCGCCUCCGCAAACCGAGGAAACAGGAGAGGGCGACACCUGCUCCAUCUGCUUCGAGCCGUGGACGACGGCGGGCGAUCACAGACUGUCUGCUCUGCGCUGUGGACACGUCUUCGGCUACACCUGCAUCCAGCGCUGGCUGAAAGCUCAGGGCUCGGCCGGUAAAUGUCCUCAGGUCAGUGAAGGACGGGAGCUUCAGUCACGUCUCCGUAUCUGGUGUCGCGUCCCACAUUUUAGUCCUGGUCCUGACGGGUUUUUGUUUCCCUUCAGUGCAACAAGAAGGCGAAACGCUCAGACAUCUUUCUGCUGUACACGCCGAAGCUGAGAGCGCUGGACAACUCCGAGCAGGAGAGUCUAAAGAAGUGAGUGACGAUCCCUCUGACCCUCCAAAAUAAAAGCUCUCUAAAUGUCCCCCUGCUGCACCACUAACAUGCUGACCUUCCAAAAUAAAAGCUCUCUUCAUGUCCCUCCGCUAAACCACUAACACGCUGACCCUCCAAAAUAAAAGCUCUCUUCAUGUCCCUCUGCUGCACCGCUAACACGCUGACCCUCCAAAAUAAAAGCUCUCUUCAUGUCCCUCUGCUGCACCGCUAACACGCUGACCCUCCAAAAUAAAAGCUCUCUUCAUGUCCCUCUUCUGCACUGCUAACACGCUGACCCUCCAAAAUAAAAGCUCUCUUCAUGUCCCUCUGCUGCACCGCUAACACGCUGACCCUCCAAAAUAAAAGCUCUCUUCAUCUCCCUCUGCUAAACCACUAACACGCUGACCCUCCAAAAUAAAAGCUCUCUUCAUGUCCCUCUGCUAAACCGCUAACGCGCUGACCCUCCAAAAUAAAAGCUCUCUUCAUGUCCCUCUUCUGCACCGCUAACAUGCUGACCCUCCAAAAUAAAAGCUCUCUUCUUGUCCCUCUGCUGCACCGCUAACAUGCUGACCCUCCAAAAUAAAAGCUGUCUUCAUGUCCCUCUGCUGCACCGCUAACAUGCUGACCCUCCAAAAUAAAAGCUCUCUUCAUGUCCCUCUGCUAAACCACUAACACGCUGACCCUCCAAAAUAAAAGCUGUCUUCAUGUCCCUCUGCUGCACCGCUAACAUGCUGACCCUCCAAAAUAAAAGCUCUCUUCAUGUCCCUCUGCUAAACCACUAACAUGCUGACCCUCCAAAAUAAAAGCUCUCUUCCUGUAAAAACCUGAUUUCACUCUUAAACGCUGAAGAACAAGAAGAAAAAUCUGAAACUUAGCCGUGAUAAAGACAAAGAAUAAUACUGUGUACAUGUGUGUGUGUGUUUGUGUGCGUGCGUGUGCAGGUCUCUGGAGCAGGAGCAGUCUCUGAGGAGGAAAGCUGAACUGGAAUCAGCCCAGUAUAAACUCAAACUUCAGGUGGUCACCAGUCAGUACGGACAAGCACAACAGGAGCUUCAGGUACGAGAGCCGAGUGUUUGUGAUUUCUGGAAUCAAAUCAGAGAUUCAGUCACGGGGAAGUUUGAAGAAGUUUGAUAAGACGACAAAUUUUAGGAGAUCAAAGUGAAAGAAAGAAAGAAAGAAACAUCUCCGUCUGAGGACUGAAAACAUGAGAGUACAGACCAAUGAUUUUCCCUUCAGGGAUCAAUAAAGUUCUUCGUCCUCCUCCUCCUCCUCCUCCUGCUUCUUCUUCUUCUUCUUCUUCUUCUGUUAUUUUUGCUCAUUUCUUAAAUUAAAACUUCAUAUUUUUUAAUCUUUGGACGUCGUCUAUCUCUUCGGACUUCCAGCACGAACACAACAUUUGACAAAACUCCGACAAAGAGAUGAAACAAGCGUCAUCACUUUGGUUUUAGCCUCCCGUCUUCUUGGUUCUUCGAUCACAGUUUCAGUUCAGUGGAUUCUGGUUCUGCUCGUUCUGGUUCUUGGAGAUCCUUGAGUUUGAUCCUGUUGAGUAAAAAAAAAUCAUCCAAACUCCUCGUUUUCAGUUUUCCUUAAACCGAGUGAAUCAUCAGCUCAGAGCCUCUGGGAGGUUUGAUGAUGAUGAUCGCUGAAUUGUCCCUUCUCUCUUUCUGUCCCUGCAGGAGUUGAGGUCUCUGAUGGCUCAGGCCGGCAGGAGCUCCCUCCCCUCUUCCUCGUCGUCCUCCUCCUCCUCCUCCUCGGCGUCGACCUCCCUGUUCCUCAGAGCGUCUCAGCGGGCCGACGGCUCCAGGUCGGGUCAGUACGGCUUCUCCAAGGCGGUGCUGGUUUCACAGAACGGAGGCUCCAGAGUUUUAUCCUACUGCGAACCUCUGAGCUGCCUGCUGGCCUCGCAGCUCUCCCAGCACGCCACGCUGGUGCCAGGUCAGACCCCGCCCACCUUUGCUUUGUCUCUCUCUCUCUCUCUCUUUCUCUCUUUCUCACCUGUCUCUCUCUCUCCUCCUCCUCCAGGUUACGGGGUGAAGAAGGUGAGCGUGGUCAACAUGAAGGCGAGUCAGUACGUCCCCAUUCACAGCAAACAGAUCCGAGGUCUGGCCUUCAACAGACAGAACGACAGUCUGCUGCUGUCCGCUUCUCUGGACAACACCAUCAAACUGACCAGGUAACACACGCACACACACACACACACACACACACACACACACACACACACACACACACACACACACACACACACACACACACAGCCGUACAAAGUGCUCGGUUUUAUAUUUUCGUUUUAUUUCUUGGUUUGUCCUGAUAAAAUCAAAUUCUGUCAUGUGACUCUUGGGCUGACUGAGUGUGUGUGUGUGUGUGUGUGUGUGUGUGUGUGUGUGUGUGUGUUCUGCAGUCUGCUGACCAACACUGUAGUUCAGACCUAUAACGCAGGUAAACCCGUGUGGAGCUGCUGCUGGUGUCUGGAUAACAGCAACUACGUCUACGCCGGUCUGAUAAACGGCACCGUGCUCGUCUACGACACCAGAGACACCAGCACACACGUGCAGGAGCUGCUGCCGCUACGCUCCAGGUACACACACACACACACACACACACACACACACACAUGGGGACAUGCAAAGGGCUCGAGUACACACGUUUAACAUCAACCUUGAAUUCCUGGUGUCUCCAGGUGUCCGGUUGCAUCUCUGUGCUACAUCCCGCGGGCGGCGUCCAGCUCCUUCCCCUGCGGCGGGCUGAUAGCCGGCUCUCUGGAGGGCGGCUGUUUUUGGGAGCAGGUCAAUGAGACCACCUACAGGCCGCACAUGCUGCCGCUGGAGUCCUCGGGCUGCACCGACAUCCAGGUGGAGACGGAGAGCAGACACUGUCUGGUCACCUACAGGCCAGGUGAGACCAGAACCCAGAUCACCGAAAGAUUUGAAAACACCAGAAGAGGACGAACCCCCAAUUUUCACCGCAUCCAGAACGGCUAUGAUACGGCGAUUUUCGCUGUCCGCCAGUUCCUACCAGAUCUAUUUGUGAGGCGAAUUUUGUGGAAUCGUGAGAACUCACAAGAACCCGCAGAUUCACGUUCAAUCGCGCGAUAACUAGUUGUCUCUAUAAAGACAGACACAUAGACAUAUAAGCAGUAGAUUGUGUCCUUCCAGAGGAGGAAAUCUACUUCUAGACUUCUAGAAUCAGCAUCUCCUCAUCCAUGGUGUCAUCGGGGUGAAAUGAUGUCUAAAAACCUUUCACUUGUUCGUCUCCGCCCGUUUGCAUGGUGUGAAAUACGAUCCUCCUGAAACACGGAGUGUUUUAUUUUGAAAAGAAGCCGGAUGUUUUAUUUUGUGUCUGUGCCCGACUUCCUUUCCAGCACGGGUUAAUCUGUGCUGAAUUUAUCCGCCAUGCUCCAGCGUCCAGAAAAAAUAGAACUCUUGUGAUCAGCUGUGGUGUAAAUUGACACGUUAACUUGAAUGUUUACGAUCAGCUACGAUCGGAGGAUACGACCUUUUAGUAGCCGAUCCAGAUGCGGUGGAAAUUGGGGGUAAAGGUGUCAGUCUUGCAUGACGUGUGCAUUGUCUCCUGCAGGGCGCUCGAACCCGUCUCUGCGCUGUGUCCUGAUGGCUCUGAACCGGACCCCUCAGCAGGACUCCAGCCAGCUGCCCAGCUGCUCCUGCUCUCCGGUGCAGACGUUCAGCGCCGGCCCGUCCUGCAAACAUCUGACCAAGAACGCCGUUUUCAAGAAUCCAGGCGGAGGAGGGAUGCUUGUUUGCGCCGGGGACGAGGCCUCCAACUCCACCAUAGUGAGUCCGGACUUAAUGGGAAUGUGUGCUUUUAUAGUUGUGUGUGCGUGUGUGAUUAAAUCAGCUGAUCUGUUGGUUGAUUCACACUUCCCACAUGAGUUUUAUGUAUUUUGGGAUGUAUUUACUCCAUGAUCAGAUGUUGCUUUCAUGGAAAUGCACCAUUUAACUCCAUUUACCUUUAGAUAUUCAUUAAUGUUAACAGAUCAUUGCUAAAUAUAUGUCAGCAAAAGAAAAUAAGGGCUUAGUUUUAGGGUCGAGAACAUUUGCAAGAGUCACAACUUCAGUGCAAAAGCAAAAAAAAAAUUAUCACAGUUGGAUUAUUCACUUCAACUUUUUGGCUUUUGAGAGUCUGCAGACAAAAAUCCUAAUAAAUCUCAACUGUGUUCAAACUACCGCAAAAAUGUCUAGAGAGAAGCAACUGAGUGAAGAAACAAAAGUACAGAUUUGUACAUCGAGGAAAGAAGGAUACACAGGAAGAGAAAUUGCAAAACGCCUAUUAGGAGAAUUGUUUGAAGUAAAGGGUAUCAUGAAGAAGGAACAGUACCACUCCAUCCUCCAGCACCAUGCUGCUCCAUCUGGACUCAGACUUGUGGCUCAUAAGUUUGUUUUGGAGCAAGACGAUGACCCUAAGUACUCUGCCAAGCUCUGUCAGGGUUACCUCAACAAAAAAGAAGAGGAAGAUGUUCUUCAAAAGAUGGUUUGGCCCCCUCAGUCUCCAGACCUUUCUCCAAUUGAGCUUGUGCGGGAUGAAUCGGAUCGACUGGUCAGAAAAACGCGUCCCACGAAUCAGCGUCUCUUUUUAAUGAACUUAAGAAAGCUUGGAAUGCAAUCCCUGAAACAUACCUUAAAAAACUUGUGGAACGAAUGCCUGGUAUAUGCAAAGCUGUUGUUAAAGCCAGAGGAGGUUACUUUAAAGAAAGUCUAAGCAACAAUAACUCAGAUACCUCAUAAUUAUAGUCAAAAUGUCUUCUGAUAAGUUUUUCUUUAGAUAAUUAUCAGGGUUUUUUUGUUGCAAAGUAUUACGAUCUUUUUUUGUUCAAAUUUGAUCUUGCUUCCAAACUUUUGGCCUGUAGAGUAAACUGUGUUCGGCUAUAGAGUGUCAUUUUGGUUGGUGGUGUGCCCCAGGAUUUGGUCAAUGUAAAAAAUGUGCCGUGGCUCAAAAAAGGUUGAAAAACAUUGAUGUAAAGGACAAGAUAAGCAAAGACAGAUCUGUCCACAGGGGGGCGCCAAAAUUCACACAGGUCUAAAGUUCCUCACAGGGGCUUUAAAAAACUAUAGAAAUCUUAAAUGAUCUUUUUCAGCCUCACUAAUCCUGCUGUUCUUUUUCUCCUUUGCUCCCUCUUUUUGUCGUACCUCCUCCUUCUCCUCCUCCUCCUCCUCAGGUGUGGGAUGCAGGUAGUGGCUCCAUGCUGCAGAAGCUCCCGGCUGACCUGCCAGUGUUGGACAUCAGUCCGUUCUCGGUGAACGGCGAGCACUACCUGGCUGCUCUCACCGAGAAGAUGCUGAAGCUCUACAAGUGGGAGUGAAGCAUCCAGACUUUGAGAAACCCUCUCCCACAGUCUGAGAGCACGAGGAGAGUCUGUGUGAGGCUGUGGAGAAACAAAUGCUGCUCAACUUUUUAUCCUUUCAGACACGCAAAAACAAAAACAACUCAUGAUGAGGGGUGAUGCUUGAAGACACGUCUAACCUGAACCAUCAUCUCCAGUUUUUUUGUUUUUAACCUAACAGCUGUGAGGAAGCCAAAUGAAGCCAGUCCAGUUUGUUGUUGUUGUUGUUGUUGGAAGAUCCCCUGCAGAGUCACAAGAUCAGGUUCAUGUGAGUCUUAAACUAUCGCAGACCUGUUACUGCAGCAGCUGCAUCUCUUCAAGUUCAGAGCCACCAAACCCCUUUGACAAAAACAGUGAUUUAACCUGUUGGAGUACAGGAGUGCCCUCUAUCCUGCUACCUGAAAGUUGAUCUUUAUUGUGUGUUUCGCUAGUUUGGGUUUGAACUUGCUGAUGUUAUCUUCCAGUAAUAAAUAUGAACUAAACAGCUGACUGCUGUGUUCCUCAAGGUAAAAAUGACAGUUUUAUUAAUGGGGUUUGGUGGAGAGAUGUAACCACUGCUCUCAUGUUUCCCUUUAAGCAGGUUUGUUUUAUUCCUUUUGAAUGUUUUCUCCUCUCCGACUUAAUUUAUAACAUCUUCUCUCAGUUUUCUCUCAUUUCAGUUUCUUUUUUAUUCAACUUCGAACAUUAAGUGCCAAAAGACUCUGCCGAUGUACGUUUCGCUUUCCUUGUUCUCUUUUUAAAGAUGUAUAUAUGUAUAUUUGGUACAAACUGUUUGUGUACGACUUCAAAGUGAAUAAAAACUAUGACUUAUUUUCAGCUAAA